AUGAGCGGCGGGUCCGACGAGGCGACGCUUCGGGCCGAGUGCGAGGCGAUGGGCGCCUGCGCCUGCUGCAUCCUGAGAUUUCGGGGCGUGCCGUCGGGCGAGGUGGACGAGUAUCGCGCCGCGGCAUCCGCCUCGAAGGACGAGCCGCCGUGCCCGUGCUGCCUCGGAAUCCUCCAGCUGGACCUCGACGCAUCGACCGCGCGAGAGCGCGAGGGCGCGGACGCCGCCGAAGCGUCGGCGCCGAACGGCGAGGAUGAUGCCACGAACGGCACCGCCGCCGCCGCCGACGCCAGGAACCGCUCCGACGUCCUCGUCCGCGUGGACCCGCCCGCGGUGCACGCGAGGUGCGUCUCCCAGUACGCCGCGGGAAUUCGCGCGGGCGGGCACGAGUUCGACGCCUUCGCCCUGGAGGUGACCAUGCCACCCGCGCUGGCGGUCCGACAGGCGGCGACCCGAUGCCACCUCCUCGACGCGCUCGCGCGCGCCAAGAGAAGCGCCGACGGCGGGGGCGACGGGGGAGACCAGUUGGACGUUCCCGCGGGACCCGCCGCGGACGUCCAGCUGCCGAAGACGACGGACGUCAAGGACGUGCUCAGGGCUCUGCUCGUACCCGCGCUCGUGGACGCCUCGGCGGCACAGCUGGCGACGACGACGACAGCUGUGCGUCGGCACGACCAGGCGGCGGAUUUUCGCUUCGCGCUCCUCUUCGAGCACGACCUCUCCGCGACGGAGGCGGCGUUCGCGUACCAGGACCACGAGGAAACCCGCGGAGGGGGAGGGGGAGGUGGAGGUGGAGGUGCGCAUAAUAAGAGGCGCCGCGCGCCGCCGCCGCACCUCGUCGGUUCCGUCUUUGUCCCGGCCGAGUCACCGGCGGGGGCGUGGCAGAACCACGGCGAGCGGUACAACAACGCGGAGCGCGUCGCGAUGGGUCAGCUCACGGACAUCGCGACGAUCGCGCGGUGGAGGCGGGACGGUCGUGCAACCGUGACGACGCCGCCGAGCGCGCCGGAGGUUGGCGCGACGGUUCGCAUGCUGACGUGGCGCCAGCCGGUGUACGUCGGCGGUCGGUACCUGAAGCGGGCCAGGGGGACGCCCCAGGCGCCGUGGAUCGACUCCGAGACGGGAGUCACGAUCGGCGAGGGUUCCGUGCAGACGUCUCUGGACGCCGUCGUCUCCCGGGCGUUUCGCGCGGACGGGAGCAAGCUGAACGCGGCUGGGAGGGAGGACAUCGACGUGCGCAUGCUCGGCGGCGGUCGGCCUUUCAUCCUGGAGGUUCACAACCCGAGACGGCCGAACGCGGCGGCCACGGCGGAGGCUCGAGCGGCGAUGGAGGCGGCGCUGGAAGCGGCGGAUGGAGGCGCCGUGGCCGCCGUGGACGUACACGUCACCGACGCCGCGGCGUACCGGGCUAUGCACGAGGCGAGCGAGGAGAAGGAGAAGGAAUACACGGCGGUGUGCUGGGCGGAGAAGCCGCUCACUCUGGAGGACGAGCUCAUGCUGAGCGGCAUCAAAGAUUUGCAGAUCCAGCAGUCCACGCCGGUGAGGGUGCUGCAUCGACGCACGUCGAUGACGCGGCCGAGGACGAUCGUGAGCUGCCGGUGCGAGAGGGUGCCGAACGCCGCGAGGUUCUUCACGCUGAGACUGAAGACGCAGGCGGGGACGUACGUCAAGGAGUUUGUCCACGGGGACUUUGGCAGGACCCGGCCCAACGUUGGGGAGAUGCUGGGUUGCGCGGCGGACAUCAUACAGCUGGACGUGACGGACGUCGUCAUGGACUUUGCGAACGGCGAGUUGAAGGGGGUGGACGGGGACGAGCGGGAGGCAAAGAGAGGUGCAAAGGUGGAAUAG